CGGGAUUGCGCAGGCGCAGACAAGGGGGCGGGGGACUCGGCUUGUUGUGUUGCUGCCCGAGAGCCGGAGACAGUCUCGCUGUGGCCGCAGCUCCUCCAGCCGCCCGACGAUGUCGUCUCACUUAGUAGAGCAACCACCGCCCCUGCACAACAACAACAACAACUGCGAGGAAGGCGAACAGUCCUUGCCCCCACCAGCCGGCCUCAACAGUUCCUGGGUGGAGCUACCCAUGAAUAGCAGCAACGGAAAUGAUAAUGGCAAUGGGAAAAAUGGGGGUCUGGAACAUGUGCCUUCCUCGUCCUCCAUCCACAAUGGAGACAUGGAGAAGAUCCUUCUAGAUGCACAACAUGAAUCGGGACAGAGUAGUUCAAGAGGCAGUUCUCACUGUGACAGCCCUUCCCCACAAGAAGAUGGGCAGAUUAUGUUUGAUGUGGAAAUGCACACCAGCAGGGACCAUAGCUCUCAGUCAGAAGAAGAAGUUGUAGAAGGAGAGAAAGAAGCUGAUGCUCUGAAGAAAAGUGUAGACUGGGUGUCGGACUGGUCCAGUAGGCCAGAAAACAUUCCACCAAAGGAGUUCCACUUCAGGCACCCUAAACGUUCUGUUUCUUUAAGCAUGAGGAAAAGUGGAGCCAUGAAGAAAGGGGGUAUUUUCUCUGCAGAAUUUCUUAAGGUGUUCAUUCCGUCUCUCUUCCUUUCUCAUGUUUUGGCUUUGGGGCUAGGCAUCUAUAUUGGAAAACGACUGAGCACACCUUCUGCCAGCACCUACUGAGGGAAAAAAAGCCCCUGGAAAAGCGUGUGACCUGUGAAGUGAUGUAUUGUCACAGUAGUUUAUUUGAACUUGAGAUCAUUGUAAGCAUGACCCAACCAACCGCCCUAUUUUUACAUAUCCAAGUUCCAGUAACUCUCAAAUCCAGUAUUUUAUUCAGACUCUGUUGAGGCAUUUUACUAACCUCAUUCCCUCUUUGGCCUGUAAGACACUUUAGACUUUCCUAACAGAGUUUACUGUUGUUUAGAAAUUUGCAAGGGCUUCUUUUCCGCAAAUGCCACCAGCAGAUUAUAAUUUUGUCAACAAUGCUACUGUCUCCUUCUAGUACCACCAGACUUAGACCUGCAUCAUUCAUGGUAUAAAUUUUACCCUCACUAGAUAACUCCCAUGUCGCUCUUAAAAUGAGAUCAGGUUAGCAAAUGAUAUAAAAGCUUUGUUGUUUUGUUUUUCAAGAAAAAAGCAAGCUUCCCUAAGCUUGAAUUUAUAGUUAUUAAAAAAGAAAACAAAAACAAAAAAAGACACAAGAAAAAAUAUAUCCUGGGCAAUAAAAAUUAUUUUAAACCA